UUAGAAACCGCUUGGGCGAAGCGAGCCCAAGUUCGCUCUCCGCACACCUCGGCGGGCGGCGUGGAUCUAGCAGCUCCAGGACCCGCCGGCCGCUGCCCGCGCUCCGGAGGAAGGAGAUCGGUACCCGCGACCCACCAGGAGACCCCCGUCCUGCAGGAGGCCGAGCCGAAGCGGAGGAUCGCGCAGCCUGGGAGCCGGGGGUGAGUGCUCCGCGCGAGGCCGCUGGCCGCCAGAGCCCACGCCCGCCCCGCGCGCCCCGGCGCCCGAUGCCCGCCCGGAUCCCCGCCGCCGGGUGCAUGCCUCCCCCGCGGCGCGCCCCAGCCCCGCCGCGCGCUGUGACCGCCCUUCCCGGCAGGCGGGAGCCGGCCAGGCCCUCCCGGAGGGCCGCGCACCGGUGGGACCCGCGGGAGUCCCCGCGGCGGCGGCUGGGCGCGCGGAGCCGGGGCCGCCAGGGCACGCGCCGGGAGAAUGGACGGGUCCGCGGAGCACAGCCUGCCGGAGCCGGGCAGCCAGGGCUCCGCGACCGGCGACGACAUUGAGAUCGUCGUUAACGUGGGGGGCGUGCGGCAGGUGCUGUACGGAGACCUGCUCAGCCAGUACCCGGAGACCCGGCUGGCGGAGCUCAUUAACUGCUUGGCCGGGGGCUACGACACUAUCUUCUCCCUGUGUGACGACUACGACCCCGGCAAGCGCGAGUUCUACUUCGACAGGGACCCGGACGCGUUCAAGUGUGUCAUAGAGGUGUACUAUUUCGGGGAGGUCCACAUGAAGAAGGGCAUCUGCCCCAUCUGCUUCAAGAACGAGAUGGACUUCUGGAAGGUGGACCUCAAGUUCCUGGACGACUGUUGCAAGAGCCACCUGAGCGAGAAGCGCGAGGAGCUGGAGGAGAUCGCGCGCCGAGUGCAACUCAUCCUGGACGACCUGGGCGUGGACGCGACCGAGGGCCGCUGGCGCCGCUGCCAGAAGUGUGUCUGGAAGUUCCUGGAGAAGCCCGAGUCGUCGUGCCCGGCGCGGGUGGUGGCCGUGCUAUCCUUCCUGCUCAUCCUCGUCUCGUCGGUGGUCAUGUGCGUGGGCACCAUCCCGGAGCUGCAGGUGCUGGACGCCGACGGCAAUCGCGUGGAGCACCCGACGCUGGAGAACGUGGAGACAGCGUGCAUCGGCUGGUUCACGCUGGAGUACCUUCUGCGCCUCUUCUCGUCGCCCAACAAGCUGCACUUCGCCCUGUCCUUCAUGAACAUCGUGGACGUGCUGGCCAUCCUCCCCUUCUACGUGAGCCUCACGCUCACGCACCUGGGCGCCCGCAUGAUGGAGCUGACCAACGUGCAGCAGGCGGUCCAGGCUCUACGGAUCAUGCGCAUCGCGCGAAUCUUCAAGCUGGCGCGCCAUUCCUCCGGCCUGCAGACCCUCACCUACGCCCUCAAGCGCAGCUUCAAGGAACUGGGCUUGCUGCUUAUGUACCUGGCUGUGGGCAUCUUCGUCUUCUCGGCACUGGGCUACACCAUGGAGCAGAGCCAUCCCGAAACCCUGUUUAAGAGCAUCCCCCAGUCCUUCUGGUGGGCCAUCAUCACCAUGACUACCGUGGGCUAUGGUGACAUCUACCCCAAGACCACACUGGGCAAGCUGAACGCGGCCAUCAGCUUCUUGUGCGGCGUCAUCGCCAUCGCUCUGCCCAUCCACCCCAUCAUCAACAACUUUGUCAGGUACUACAACAAGCAGCGUGUCCUGGAGACAGCCGCCAAGCACGAGCUGGAACUGAUGGAGCUCAACUCCAGCAGCGCAGGCGAGGGCAAGGCCGGGGGCUCCCGCAGCGACCUGGAUACCCUCCCACCAGAACCUGCCGGGAAAGAGGGGCCCAGCUGGGGCAGCCGGCUGAAGCUGUCCCACAGCGACACUUUCAUCCCCCUGCUGACAGAGGAGAAGCACCAUAGGACCUGGCUCCAGAGCUGCAAGUGAGAGGCAGGUGCUCCAGGAAGAGAAUGGCUGGGCCGUGGAUGGAAGGACUGUGUGGUAGUCGUCAUGUAGGUGGCUGCCCCAAACAGCUGCCUUGUGUCCCCAGGCCUCCCAUGAACAGACUUUGCAGGCCCUCCCUGGUUUCUUUGCCAAGGCUGGGUAAGACUCAUUUGGUGCAAGCUGUCCAGGAGCUAUGGGGAGGGGAUGUAGGAGCCACAGGCAGUGUGGGGCAAGUGGAGUGGCCUGGCUGGUGACAGAAGCCCACGCCUGCUUCUGAGUCCCCUUCAGUAAAGCCUCCAGCUCAGUGCACCCUC